AGCCCGGAACAAACCGCUUCUUGGCUUCGCUUUCGACCCGCGAACGAAGCCUUUGCGGAUCAGAGCAGACGCGUUGGAUGCUGUGUGUUUGUGGUGUGUGUUUUUGUGUAUAUUCAAUGUGUUUGUGAGUGUUUAUAUACAAUAUAAAAGAUACACUGCAAAUACAGCUUACUCAUCUGUCGAACCGCUCGCUGCUGCUCAGAUUCAUUCCGCCGCUCCAACCGUCCCUCCGUCGCUCCUCCACUGCUCGGCUUUAGAUCCUCUCCUCUUCACCACCUCUUCACCUCCUCCUCCUCCCUCCUCCUCCUCCUCCUCCUCCUCCCCAUGGCGCUCACAAAGUCCAUCCGCGACGCCCUCUCCCGCAACGUCGUCGAGCCCGUCCGUCGCUCCCGCUCCCGCUCCCGCUCGCGUACCAGAUCCUUCUCCCGUCCACGCUCGCUCUCCCACACCCACGAAAAAUCAUCCCCCUCCACCCUCCCUCCCGUCCCUCCCACCGAACCGCUCACCCUCCCAACCUCCCCCACAUCAGACCAAAUAUCCAUCGACUCCUCCGCCGACGACUCCGACAGCGAGAGCGAGAGCACCGGCAUCGAGGUCGACGAGGCAGAGUCCUUCAUCGGCGGAUCGGCAGUCGCCCAUCCGGACUCCCCGGACCGCGCCAGUCCCCCCUUCUCUGCCCACUCCGUCGACUCCAGCCAGGCCUCCGACGCCGAGCACAUGUCCCGCUCGCGCUCCGAGGCCGCGACCACUUCCUCGUCAGUCAACAGCAGCCACCGAUCCUCCUCCAAGCACCGAAAGUCCGCGAGCGUCACUAGCACGGCUGGCAACGAGCCCCACGCUAAAAAAGUCUUCCCGUUCUCGCUCCCGUUCGCGGUCUCGUACGGUCCGCCGUCGCUGCCAAAGUUCAAGGAGAUCAGGGAGUUCACCUUCUCGUCCUUGUCCAAUUCCUCGGCCGCGACCUCCUCCACCGCGUCCGACUCGAGCAGUUCGGCCGGCGUCUUGUCGCGCUCAUCCCACUCGCUCAGAAAGAAAGCGCGUACGCUCCCGAUCUUCAGAGAGAAAGACAAAGAGAACCACAACCACCAUGACGACAAUACCCUCCACGAGCGGCCUGCGCUCACGCGCACUUCGACCGAAGAGUCCGUCGCAGACUCAAUCAUCGAAGACUCGCGCAAUUUUGCAAACAUCCACCAAAUGGACAACUCCCGCCUGCGCGCCGUCAAGGAAACCAUCCGGACCUCGAUCUCAAUGGACCAGUUCUUCUUCUCCACCCCGAAAGACGGCAUCCCAGAAGACCUCACCGGCGACGUCGUCAUCCUCGGCGGUUACCGCGGAAGUAUCUUGCGCGACGCGAAAACGCAUCGCCGGACGUGGAUCCCGCUUAAAGUUGGUCUGAAUAUUCGCAAGAUCAAUCUUGAGCUGGGGCUCUCUGAUGAAGCUGAGCUCAACGCCGAGGACGACAUUAUCCCGGACGGAAUGCUGUCCCAUAUCGGACCUGUAGAUAUCUCUCGCCGUUUGAUCCGGAAAAUGCAGCUCACAAUCCUCAAGGCAAACCCAGGCUGCACCGUCCACGAAUUCGGAUACGACUGGCGCCUGUCCAACGACCUCCUAUCCCAAAAACUCGACGCCUUCCUCAGAGACAUCAAAUCCCGUCGCGGUCCCCACUGGAACGGCGCCAUCGUCAUCGCCCACUCCAUGGGCGGCAUCGUCGCCCACGCGGCCAUGCUCCGCGAACCCUCGCUGUUCAGAGGCCUCGUCUACGUCGGCUCCCCGUUCUCCUGCGUCAACAUCCUCGGUCCGAUCCGGCACGGCGACAGCGUCAUGCUCAGCACAAAAGUGCUCAACGCGCAAGUCAAUUUCUCGAUGCGCAGCAGUUUUGUCUUUCUCCCGCUCGACGGACGGUGUUUUGUCGAUAAAAAUACGGGCCAGGAAAUCAGGCUUGAUUUCUUUGACCUCGACACCUGGAUCGAGUACGGUCUCUCGCCGUGCGUGCGAACAGCAGGGUCUCCGCACCGCAGGAUCUCGACUUCUAGUCACGACCCCGAAUCACCCACUCACCGGAAGCAGCACCCAGAUCAUCCAAGACACUCACUAGAGCACACAGCCUCGCCUACCAGCGAAGCCAGCGACAUCGUCUUUGCGGACGCAGUCGCGUACCUAGAACGCAUUCUCUCGCGCACCAAGCAAUUCAAGGAAUCCCUCGAAGCCGACGACCCGACCGCAAACUACCCCCCUCUCGCGGUCGUCUACGGCGACACCGUUCCGACCGUGCGAGGCGCGCGCGUCGCGGGCGAGCGCGGGAUCAAAGAUGGCGACUUUUCAGACUACAUCUUCACCCCCGGCGACGGCGUCGUUCCCGCGCGCCACCUCAUGCCCCCGCGCGGCUUCGACGUCGUAGCAAAAAUCGAAUCUGACCGCGGCCACGUCGGACUACUCGGCGACAUUCCCGCGAUGGGCAAAGCGCUCCGGGCGAUCCUUGACGAGGAGCGGCGGAGGAUGGUCGAGGGCCCGCCGACGGUUGCGCAGCGGAUCGAGGCGAGGAAGCAGGCUGUUGCGAAGGCGGACGAGGAGCAGCGCGAGGAGGACACCGAGAUGAGUUUGGCGGAGGGGAAUUUGAAGAGUACGGCUGAGGAAGUCGGCGCGGGCGUCGCGGGCUUGUCGAUAGAGCAGGGUUUAUAG